UAAAGAAGGUAUAAUACAGUAUUUACUAACGAAUGAACUCCUCGAGACCAAUACGUUUUCCUACCCGUCUCGUCGUUCCAUUUCCCUAUCCAUGUGGUGAUUCCAGUGACAAGAUCGCGGGGCCCACGUCAGGCCCGUGUUUCUGACCUGUCAGAUGCCGUCGAUAUUUUAAUUAAGAUACGAGGAGCGGAUCCCGCGGCUCGCCUGUUUUCGGGGCGCACAAGGUUCCGGGAUUCAUAUUCGCUUCGCAGGUGGGCCUCCGGCAGAAUGAACGUGGGGCCCGGCUGGGUUCGGGUUAGGGUGGACCUGCACCCUGUCUUGGUUGCCACAUGAGAUCUCCCUGCUUCCAACGGCUACUUGGUCUUCCUACCAUGGAUGCUCGGAUCCGCCUCGGAUGACCGUUGCAGCACCACCGCAUCUUCUCAGCCAAGGCUUAAAAGACCGGAAUGUAACCCUAGAAUGAACUCUUCACCCUUCAGCUUUCUCGUUCCAUCUCCUGAAGAGCAUCAAAGCUCAAGCAGAGAACUGAAAGCUUGAAGAGAGAGAGAGAGAGAGAGAGAGAGAGAGAGAGAGAGAGAGAGAGAGAGAGAGACCCGAACGAUGGAGUCGAGGAAGAGCCGAUUGAACCUCCCGGCCGGCAUGGAGUCCUCGCUCCGCCUCGACUCCAUCCCCGCCGCCCACUUCCCGGCCAUCCCCAAGACGCCGUCCCCAUCCAAGACCACCUACGGCGACCGCUUCAUCCCCUGCCGGUCCUCCUCCCGGCUGCAGAACUUCGCACUGGCGGAGAAGCCGUCCCCCGCCAAAGAGGGCGGCAACGACGCCUACUCCCGGCUGCUACGAGCCGAGCUCUUCGGACACGACCCCGCUCCCUACUCCCCGGGCGCCCAGGGAUCGCCCAUAAGCCCCAACAAGAACCUCUUCCGGUUCAAGACGGAUCACUCCGGCCCGAGUUCCCCGUUCUCGGUCACCACCGUGGCAGCCCAUGACAUGGCCGUGGAGGUCUCCACGCCCCCCAAAGUGCCCCGGAAGAUACCUAAGACGCCGCACAAGGUUUUGGAUGCCCCUUCGCUUCAGGAUGAUUUCUACCUGAAUCUUGUCGAUUGGUCUUCGCAGAACGCUUUAGCUGUAGGAUUGGGUACCUGCGUAUAUCUUUGGUCUGCAACCACAAGCAAGGUGACGAAACUGUGUGACUUGGGAAAUAGAGAUGGUGUAUCUGCAAUCCAGUGGAGCCGGGAAGGCUCUUAUAUAGCAAUCGGAACAAGUCUGGGAGAUGUCCAGAUAUGGGAUGGCACAAAGUGUAAGAAGAUUAGGAGCAUGGGUGGCCAUCUAACAAGAACUGGAGUGUUGGCAUGGAAUUCAUGUAUUUUAUCUUCAGGGAGUAGAGACAAGAACAUACUUCACCAUGACCUUCGAGUUCCAGGCGACUUUGUUAGCAAGCUUGUAGGCCACAGAUCUGAGGUUUGUGGAUUAAAAUGGUCUCAUGAUGACCGUGAACUAGCUUCUGGUGGAAAUGACAAUCAGCUCUUAAUUUGGAACCAGCGCUCUCAAAGUCCACUUUUGAAACUGACAGAGCAUACAGCUGCAGUUAAAGCCAUUACUUGGUCACCACACCAGCAUAGCCUUGUUGCAUCAGGAGGUGGAACAGCUGACCGGUGCAUCCGCUUCUGGAACACUUGUAAUGGAAACAUGCUUAACUGUGUUGAUACAGGCAGUCAAGUCUGCAAUCUAGCAUGGAGUAAAAAUGUCAAUGAACUAGUUAGUACUCAUGGUUAUUCCCAGAACCAAAUCAUGGUGUGGAAGUAUCCGUCUCUUAGCAAGGUAGCAACUCUAACAGGCCAUACACUUCGCGUACUGUACCUUGCAAUGUCGCCUGAUGGACAGACUAUAGUGACCGGAGCAGGUGACGAAACACUGAGGUUUUGGAAUGUUUUUCCCUCGAUGAAAACGCCAGCUCCUGUGCGUGAUACUGGAGUUUGGUCCCUGGGAAGGACACACAUUCGUUGACCAACGAGCAAGCAAUUCUUCCAAUGUGCAAAUAUCAAACUAAUUUCUUUAGAUUGUUUUGUAAAUUAGCUAACAACAUAAGAAUUCAGUCUGAUGGUAAUCAGUUUUUAGAUUAAAUGCUGUGUAUCUAAUCAUAUUAAAUGCUGUGUUGGACAUUCUGUCUACAAUUGGGACAUCUUCAACACCUUCAGCAUGAAGAUAUGAUUCUGGAGAUCGUCUUAGUAACACGAUUUUAAUAAUAUCUGGAGUUGUAACAUUUCUUGAAUGCCAAAUGCUAUGCAAGUUUGAUUAUUGUGCUUCA